AUGCAGGCCGGCCUCCCUCAUACUGAUGCCUUUGUCAGUCUUGCUCUCCUCGAUGGCGGCAGCUUUCUAGGAGAUCUGAGCCGCCUGCAUGCUGGUGAGAGCGGCACAUUUCGCAUGUACAACUGGGCGUUUUACAUCUCGCACCAGGGAAGACACAUACUUUGGGAUCUUGGGUUGGAUGAGGACCGAAGUUGUUAUACCCCUUGGGUCAACAAGUUCAUGUUGGAUAUCGUAAAUCACGUCGGACCAAGGAGGACUAUCGUUCAGCAGUUGGCGCAAAGAGGUGUGGCUGCGGAAGAUGUCAAUACUGUCUUGUUCAGCCACGCUCAUUGGGAUCAUUCGAGGCCCAUCAGCGAUUUAUUUCCAAAUGCGAUGGCGUACUUUGGUCCCGGCACGAGAGCAGCAUGUCAGCCAGGACAUAUGAGAGAUCCAAGCCUACAGUGGGACGGCCGCUUCUUCGACCCGGAGAACUCGACAGAAAAAUGGGAUGAGCUACACGGCGUGUGGAAGCCCUUUGGCCCGUUCGAAAGAGCACUGGACUACUUCGGAGAUGGCAGUUUCUGGAUCCUCGAUGCACCUGGCCAUAUGCCUGGUAACUUGGCUGCUGCUGCAAGGCUGCAAGAUGGCGAGUGGGUAAUACUUGGCAGCGAUUGCUGUCAUUCGCGGGAUUUGCUGGACGGCACGCGAACAAUUGCGGAGUUCCAAGGCCCAGGGGCAGUGAGCAUGUCACUGCAUACAGACCUUUCUUCAGCGAAAGAAACUAUCGCUAAGAUAGGACUGCUUGAAACCAAUUUUGGUGCUCAUACAGCGCUUGCACACGAUGCUAGCUGGCUGAAGAAGGGCACGGACCAGGUGCUCAUGUCGCUGCUGGACGACGAGAUGCGAGUUGCAGCCCAGGAAAAGAUACCGUAUGAUGAGAUACCGUAG